AUGCGGAAGGAGAAUGAACGCUCGAGCUCCCGGCACCACCGCGAGCGCGACGAUGGCGAGGAUGGCCGGUUGUCCAAGAGAUCCAGGACGGGGGAGGAGAACGGCGACAGGGACGACCGCGAUGAUCGGGAUCGCUCCGAUCGCCGCGAGAAGGAUCGCCGGCGCAGUAGCCGGGACGGGAAGGAUCGCGACAAGGGUCGGGAUCACCGCAGCCGCGAGAGGGGCUACAGAGAUCGGGAGAGCGAACGGCGUAGUAGUAGCCGGUCGAGAAGACACGAUGGGGGAGUUGACAGGGAAUUGGAGAGAGCAAGGAUUUGGAGUUUGUCUUUGGUGAUUGCUCCAGAGCUUGUGCAACUACCAUUGGAUCUAGAGACCAGUCACUGCAGAGGUUAUGGAUUUGUUCAAUUUGCACAACUUGAGCAUGCAAAGGCAGCUCAAAGUUUAAAUGGGAAGUUGGACAUUGCCGGCCAGAUUAUCAAGGUUUCAGCUGUCACGGAUGACGUCCGACCGCAGGAUAGUGGAACUAAUGCUGCUGAUUUUGAUGAUGAAGACGGUGGUGGUUUGUCUCUCGAUGCUCGAUCAAGAGCUGUUCUCAUGCAGAAACUUGACCGCACUGGAACUGCAAUAAGGUGCACUUUCUGUCACUAA